GGCGCGCGCGGCCGGUCUUCCCGGUCGCGCGCAGGCGCGCACGGGAGCCGGUGUCGGCGGCGGCGGCGGCGCAGCGGGGGCCGCCGCUCGGCUCGACUGGGGCUGCGGAUGGCGGAGCGGCGGCGGGGCCCGGACAGCGGCACGGCGCCGGGAGAGGUUGCAGAAUCUUCAUGUGUCUGUGACUGAUAGUUAAAAAGACAGAAGCAGUCUUUGCCAGCCAAGAAACCAGCAAAAAUAUUUCACAAUGGAUGUAGACGAUGAAGAAAACAUGAGUUCGAGCAGCACCGAUGUUAAAGAAAACCGCAAUGUGGACAACGUUCCCCCCAAGGACAGCGGUGGGCAAGGUGCCGGGGAGGGGACACAGCUCUCCAAUGGUGGUGGCAGCAGCAGCAGAAAGCGUCCUUUGGAGGAGGGCAACAAUGGCCACUCCAAAUUUCGCCCAAAGAAGAGGAAGAAAACACCCGGCCCUGUUCUGCCAAAGAAUGCCCUGAUGCAACUUAAUGAGAUUAAACCUGGAUUACAGUACAAACUCCUGUCCCAGACGGGGCCGGUCCAUGCCCCCAUGUUCGUGAUGGCAGUCGAAGUCAAUGGGCAGGUAUUUGAGGGGUCUGGCCCGACAAAAAAGAAAGCCAAGCUUCAUGCCGCUGAGAAGGCUCUACGAUCUUUCGUCCAGUUUCCCAAUGCCUCGGAAGCCCACCUGGCAAUGGGGAGGACUCUGUCAGUCAACACGGACUUCACCUCUGACCAAGCGGACUUCCCUGACACCCUUUUCAAUGGUUUUGAAACGCCGGUCCCUUCCGAUGCUUCUUUUUACCUGGGGUCCAAUGGGGACGGGUCCUUUAGCUCUAGCGGGGACUACAGUUUGCCAUCAUCUGCUGUAGCUAGCAGCCUUUCCCAGUCACCUCUCCCUGCACCAUCGCCCUAUCCCUCCGCCAGCGGGAAGAACCCCGUCAUGAUCCUCAAUGAGCUACGGCCAGGGCUGAAGUACGAGUUUCUCUCGGAGAGCGGGGAGAGCCACGCCAAAAACUUUGUCAUGGCCGUGGCAGUGGACGGUCAGACUUUUGAAGGCUCAGGAAGGAAUAAAAAGCUGGCAAAAGCUCGGGCUGCUCAGUCAGCCCUGGCAUCCUUGUUUAACAUGCAGUUGGACCAGACCCCAUCUCGACAGCCCAUUCCCAGUGAGGGGCUCCAGUUACACUUGCCACAGGUUUUAGCUGAUGCUGUUGCACGCUUGGUUGUAGAUAAAUUCAGUGAUUUGACAGAAAAUUUCACAUCUCCACAUGCGCGUAGAAAAGUCCUUGCUGGAAUUGUCAUGACAACAGGUACAGAUGUGAAAGAUGCACUAGUAAUAAGUGUUUCUACAGGAACAAAAUGCAUCAAUGGUGAAUACAUGAGUGAUCGUGGUCUUGCAUUGAAUGAUUGUCAUGCGGAAAUUGUAUCUCGUCGGUGCCUGCUUAAAUUUCUAUAUACACAACUUGAGCUUUAUCUAAGCAAUAAAGAAGAUCAACAAAAAUCCAUUUUUAUCAAAUCGGAGCGAGGCGGGUUUAAGCUGAAGGAGAAUGUGCAGUUUCAUCUCUAUAUCAGCACAUCUCCUUGUGGCGAUGCUAGGAUUUUCUCACCACACGAAGCAGCACAAGAGGAUCAAGGGGACAGGCAUCCAAACCGCAAAGCGAGAGGACAGCUACGGACAAAAAUAGAAUCUGGGGAAGGGACCAUCCCUGUGCGCUCUACUACCACUAUCCAGACGUGGGAUGGUGUAUUGCAAGGAGAAAGGCUGCUUACCAUGUCCUGCAGUGACAAGAUAGCAAGGUGGAACGUAUUGGGUAUUCAAGGAGCCUUACUUAGCCUCUUUGUGGAGCCAAUUUACUUCUCUAGCAUCAUCUUGGGGAGUUUAUAUCAUGGGGAUCAUCUAUCCAGAGCCGUAUACCAGAGGAUAGCAGAGAUAGAAGAUCUACCACCUCUUUAUACACUCAACAGACCUUUACUUAGUGGUAUCAGCAAUGCAGAAGCCCGUCAACCAGGGAAAGCACCAAACUUCAGCGUGAACUGGACAGUAGGAGACACUGGUCUUGAAGUUAUUAAUGCUACAACUGGCAAAGAUGAAAUGGGUCGUGCAUCUCGCCUUUGUAAGCAUGCUUUUUACAGCCGCUGGAUGCGUAUUCAUGCAAAGCUUUCUUCCAGCUUGCGCUCAAAGAUCCUCAAGCCUAACCUGUACCACGAAACCAAGCAAGGAGCCACUGAGUAUCAAACUGCCAAAGAGUGUUUGUUUAAAGCAUUCCUGAAGGCAGGACUUGGAGCCUGGGUGGAGAAGCCAAUAGAACAGGAUCAGUUUUCUCUCACCGUCUAAUUCACAGAAUACACAUCACUUUGGAAAGGGGGUUGUUCUGGAAAUUCCUGGUGUCCAGCAUUGCUUUCUGGCAUCUCCACGGCUGUCAAAGCAUCUUUUUACUGUUUGGAGUUGGGUUUUUUCCUCUAUUUUUUUGAAACGUCACAGUCACUGUUUCUGUUCUGUCUAAGUAUUGAACCUCAAUGAUGAUCUGACUCAUAAUUGUAUAUUUUGUUAUGGGAAAGUAAUUUCUGGUGUAUUUCUAGAAAUACUUUUACUGUAGAAAACUUGCAGUAAGGCUAUCCUUACAGUAUACGACGACUCAUUUUUUCUGGGUUAAAAUAAUUCCUUUUUUUAUUUCAAUGUCAUCAAGUGCAUGAAGAAAUUCAAGUUUCUCUAGGUUUUACACCACACUUUUAGGAAGUAGCUUAAUAUUUUUAAAAGAAAAUAGGUGACAAAGCUGAUUCUACUCCUCUGUUAACUUGUUUUUGAACUGCAGAUAUUUCUAGCAUACAGACCACAGAGCCAGAAUGGAGUCUGGACAGCUAGUUUUUCCCCACUUCCUUGCUCUUUAAAACCAGCUGCUGAAAAAUUCCUGUCUUUGAUGUAUGUAUUUAUUAGUCUGUGACCCAGUUUUUAACAUGCAGCUUUUUAUUCUGUUUUUAAAAAUACAUUUACCUCCCAUUUACACACAUUGUGAAGUCUUUGGUUUUUUUACCAUUGUAAACUGGAAACGGCAAAAUAAUUAUUUGUAAGUUAAGAAAUUUAGUCUAUAACAUGCAGGAACCUGUUUAGAAGUAGGUGAUUUGUAUAUCCCAAGAACUCAUCACACUACAAUUGUAACCGUAACAGUAAUAUGACAACUGCAAAAAAAAAAAUUGCUCGUUUUAAGGGCACUAAGCCUGAAUUGCUAAAAACAGUCACUUGUUGGGUGUUAGUUGCUCUCCUCUCGAGGAAAUGAAAAGCUCUUGUACAGACAAAAAGUUGUAAAACUUCUUCCCUUGGAGUUAUAUCUGCUCUCACCCAAGUUGUUUUGUGUCUGAGAUUUCAUUGCCUUUUUGGUUUUACAUGUCCGAUGGUCUUCAUGCAGCUAAUUCGGUAAGUUGCUCUCAAACAUGCUUUCAUGUGCUUUGACGAUUAUUUAGAAAGGUGGUUUUCCUAAAGGUGUAGAUACUUCUGCUUUAUGUAAAAAUGUAAGAUAGAAGGGAAGUAUUGUGAGAUCAGUUUGAUUAACUGGUGUAUAGAAGGCACUUUUAAAAACACUUUUUAGUACCUAACGUUUAGGAGCAGAUGAGACAACGUCCAGUAUCACUUCUCUGCUCACAUGGCAUGUGUCCAAACACAUCCCUCGGCUCUUGUCCAUCCAGUAUCACUUGUGCUUUCCAAAGAGCAUCUCAGAGAUCCUCUGUGUUCCCUUUGCAAAUGAUGAAGGUGAUGUUUUGUGACAUGGGAGUUUUCCUGACAAAUACAAAUUGGUGCACCACCGUUCCAGCUGUUGGUUCCUGUCCCUCUGCUCCACUGCCCCUCACCUGUGCCAUACAGAACAUCAGGUCAGCAGGCUGGUCCAUGCUUUGAAGUCAAGUCAAGGGUUACUUUUAGCCCCGCAUUGAGUCAGAGAUCUAGUUUACAGUUGUGCCAGUGCAUCUGUGGAGGCAGUGGAGUGGAGCAUGAAGUCCCUUCAGCCAGCUUCACGGCUGAAGCUGUAACUGGAGUUACCAUACCUCAGCACCAGGAUCUUUGGCGGGGGUUAGCAAACAUCGGGGGUGUCGGAAACUUUGGUGUAAAACCACUUCUGGCCAAUGGUGAAUACCAAGGAGAGGUGCUGCUUCAUUAUUGCUCAAGUAGGAACCUGUUUUCAACUUCAAAAAAUGAUCAAGCCUGAAAAUCACUUGUGCAUUAGUUGAAACGUCUGGGUUAGUGUCUUGGAAGUAGUGCAUUGAGGUGCAAACAAUGCAUUUUUGGCAGUAUUUUGCAUAAUAGCGAGUACUGCUGUGAGAAGCUGAGGCCUAGUGAUCCCCUCGGAAAAGACUGUGAUGCUUCCAGAGGUUACUGCCUUUUCAAGACGCCAGAGGAACAAACAUUGCAAGCUGCAAUAGAGAGGCUGUGUUAAUUCAGCUUUGGUGACUUACACCAUCCUGUCCGCUUCUCAUUAAAACCGAGAGUGCUCCUGUGACCUUUACCGGCCCAACAUGGCUUUUGUGGUCGUCAUCUGACUGAGGCUUAGACUGACCUAUUCUAAAACUAAAAGGAAUUUAAUUGUAUGUGUUCAGAUCUGUCUUUGAGAUCAACCGUGUCUUGUUCACCUUGCAGAAGUUCUGCCGUGGCUGUAGUUGAGUACGUGUGUACCUUUCUGCAGGAUCAAGGGAAAGCUGGUCGCACCGUGUGCGUUUUCUUGAGGUCAUUACUGCUAUUAGAUGAAAUACACAUUUUUAAGGGGCUCAGUCUACUGAUAAAUGAAGUCUGUUGAGAAUUUACAGCAAGUUAUUUUUACACAUCUUUCUGAAGUGCUCAUUCAAAAGUUGGUGUCUCUCUGGAUUUUUUUGACAACUAGGAAAGUGUUAGCUCAAACUAUUUUUUUUAUGGUCACAAAUACGAGCAAUAUAUUUAAUUAUUAUUAUAGACAUAGUUUUUUAAGCUGUUCAAAUGAACGAUUAAAAUUAAACUGUAAAGGAAAUAUGUUCGAUGCCAAAACCUUUUGAUGAAGGAAUGGUGUCAGGUUAUUUAUGAGGAAUACGUUUUGUUGUUUCUAAUACUGGGAUUUUAAAAAGUAAGGAGUUUUCCAGGGUUUUAUACAAUCCAUAUCUGUCCUCUGGGAGUCAAUAAAAUACUGCUUGGCUUCCUUCACUGGCUUGUUCCUUUUAGUGCAGUUAAUACACGGAAAGAAGUUGGGAGGCAGAGUUGUGGUUGCUGAUGCUCCCAUAUUCCUCACAAUCCACUGUCACCGAGCAAGAAUGGAUAGUGACGUAUGUAAUUUUGAGCGAUUGCAAAAGAUAAGACAGCUCAGCUUCCAGGAGCUGCGGAAUGUUGUGGCUGACCUUUCAGCUGGGAGCCGCGCGUCUCCCGGCAGGUUGGGGGGCUGACAGACCUGUCCGAAAAGUGUGGGCUGGGCGGAUGGGAGCUGGCCUGCGCGGGGACUUGCAAUGCUGCUCUGGGAACUGCUUUCGUUCUUUUAAUUAUUUUUUUUCCCGUAUUUCUGAUUGAAUAUGAGUGUUUGUCUCAGGAUCUUCAAAGGACUUAAAAUAAAGAGUAACAACUUUAAUGCUGAUGAAUACUUGAAAUCUAAUUUAAGGUGUUUUUCUCCAGAUGAGAGUCUGACUUGAAUAAAGUUUGUAGGUUAGUAACGUAGAUCAUUUUAAAUACAGAUGUUUGAAAUACGUAUGUUCUGCAGGAUCGUUUUAAGAAAAUUUGGGCCUAAAGGUUAACACUUGAAAUACCGGUUAUGGCUGUACUCAGGAACUGGUAAUAACUAUAGAUUAUUUCUUACUGUUUGUGUGUGAAGUGUACUGUGUGUAGGAAUUUGUUAGCAACUGUUCUCCCCCGAUGUCAUGGAUGUCCACGUAGCUCUCACACUUGCAGCCCCUGCUUCCCUUCUCUACCUGGUGAUGGUAAUCGUGAGGCUGCGUACUUAGCAGUGUACAGCAGCGGGGCUUCUGUACGGUUGGCGAUUUUGAUCUCAUCUUAGAGAAAUCUUUCCACGACUGGCUACUGCAUAGGAAACUCAGGAGUAGAUUUUUGUGUGCUACUACUCUGUACCUCCUCUAAAUCUAAAAUAACUGGCAGCUGAAAGUCUAAGGAUCUCAGAGCCAGUGGUGCGUUUCAUCAGUCCAGUUCUGUGAUGUCCAAGAGUGCCGUCGACACAAGGGGAAAAAACACAUUUCAUCCUGCUCUCUCAGUGAAAACAUGCAUGAAAUAAAGCUGUUGGUUCAGAGUGCUCGGUAGCAUGACGCAGAGCGUGUGUCUCAUGGAAGAGUAAUGCUGCCUUUUGAAACCAAGCUCUGUUUUAAAAAAAAAAAAAACAAAACCAAAAAAUGACCAGGAAUUGAGAAUCUAUUUUAAGAAUUGCUUGGUCGUGGUCACCACAUAAUUGACAUUUCUUUUGAAAAAUAUCAAUGGUUUUCUAAAUAGCUAAAACUGUUAUUGCCAUUCCUUAAAUUAAGCUUUAAUGCUUGUAAGAGUCACGCUUGCAGAGAAGCUGGGCUUUGAAUUCUUUGCAUUUUUAUCAUCAUAAACUGUCCACUGUGAAAAUUAUCCCAAAGUUUACUGAAAAGGAAGAAGAGCUGCAAUUCAGGUAUACAGUCAGAACAAAAAUAUCUACUGUUAUUUAAAACCUAAAACCCCACAGAAAUAAAAUGUAUAAAAUAUAAUUACCCUGUCUCAGACUCGCCAUGUGGUUUUUGUUAUAUUUUUUUUUCUAAUACGAAGUGAUUUCAGUUGAGUUUAAAAGAUUACAUCUUCACUUGGCGUGCUCCUAUUUGGAGAGGAGUUGGCAUUUAUCCCAGGGUUACCUAGAGCUGACAGAGGCACAGGUUUUGCCAGGGACAUGAGGUGGAUUUUGGAACGGACACCAGAGUCGGUGCUAUGGGACCGGGAGGGGGCUGGUGCAGGGGGAGGUCCCCGCUGCACCCCCGUGCGGUGGCCUGGGUUUGGUCCCUGUCCUGCUGGUGGCUCAGCGGAGGCCACCGCUGGCUCAGUCUGAUGUGCCACGGCUGUGCUACAGCGUCUGACUGAAGCAGCAGGAGGGAGACAGAAAUUGAAAUUGCUGCUUUCGCUAGUUCCUAAGGCAGAAAUGAUGGCAUGGGAAGGGAUUUCUGCUCCCUCCUGCUCUCCCCUGGAGAGGCCCUGGGGAAGGAGAUGGAGAGCAUGGGCCAAAUUGUCUACCUGGCAGCAGGAGCUUCCCAACCACCACCUAUCCUAGACGUGUCUCAGCACAAGAGGGCCCCAGCUGUGUGUAAAUCUGAGGCUUUUAGGGUGCAUGGGCCUUGCUGCCGUUCCUUUAUGGAAACAACUGGUCCAGAGCAUUUGCAACAAUUUUGGAUUGACCUCCAAAGAAGAAGGUUGGUGGGUCUCUGAAGCAGGCAGGUUGGAUGUUUACAGCCACAGCAUGUGUGGUGUUUCAUUCCUAGGCAGAUGUUUCUCCCCAAAACACACCCAGGUGGAUAAAGCUAAGGUCCAGUUUUCCCUAAGUACAUCUGCUAGCAUCAAGCGCCCUAAGCUAUCACAGUGCUGCUGGUAAAACUUCUUUCAUUGUUUCUCUUGAGCCGGUUGUGGUAGGAACAAUGCAAAGUGAUGGGGGGGGGGCUGCAAAAAAAUGAGCUGUGACUGAAAUCCUGACCGUCAGAGCUGGUGAGGAGCAGAUAGAACCUGACUUUCUCCUUGGAUCAUGUCAACAUAUGGCGUUUUUCAGAACCUUUGAAGCCAAAGGUCUGUCCUGUUGCCUGCUAAAAAAACGGGCUGUUAAUUGUGCCAACAUCAUUUGCAUGUGCAGGAAUGAGUUUUAUGGGUAGCUGUGUUUUGUUUUCUUCAGUCAUUCCAGAAAAGAGGAAUUAAGAGCUGUAUUUUCUGUCAGUACUGAGGGCAGCCGGCCUCAGCAGGUAUAAUAAUUUAAAGAAUUUAUGCUCUUUGGUGGGAAAGAUCCACAGUCAAGGCCACUGCAGUGUUUUUUAUGUUUUUAAUAUCUUCAUCGUUAUCAUACCAAUAUCUUUUUUUGUUGUAGUUCGGCUGAGGUGUCUUUUAACAAAUUUAAGAUCAAAUGUGCGUGUGAAUAUAUAUUUAUACAUAUAUAUAUAUUGCUGUAUAUUAUUUGCAUUAAGCAGUUAUUCUUCCCCAGUCUUUCUGUGUGAUAGUAUGAAUACACUAGCUUUUACCUACCUGGUGUAAGGAUAUUAAAGAACGCUCUCAGAUACUGUCCUCAGCACUUAUUUUCUCCAUUCAUAAUCACAACUUUGAAGACGAAACCUCGCUUUACCUCUGGUUUGUCGCUUUCCUUACAGCACACUUGUUCCUGUCCUGCUGAAGCACAACCCAUUGGUCAGUUAUUCUAAGUAAUGACUGUUUUGCAUACUACCUUGCUUUGUUUAAUUAAUGUUUGUACAGAGAUUUGAAAAUAUAAAGAGCUAUAUCAUU